UGGAGCGGCAGCGGCGGCAGCUGGAGCGGCAGCGCAGGUCAGCGGCGGCGGCGAGGCGGCGGGGGCCGCGCCGCGCCAUGGCCCAACAGCAGAUGAGCAGCUCGCAGAAGGCGCUGAUGCUGGAGCUGAAGUCGCUGCAGGAGGAGCCGGUGGAGGGCUUCCGCAUCACUCUGGUCGACGAGUCCGACCUCUACAACUGGGAGGUGGCGAUUUUCGGACCCCCCAAUACUCUCUACGAGGGCGGGUACUUCAAGGCUCACAUUAAAUUUCCUAUUGACUACCCAUAUUCACCACCCACCUUCAGAUUCCUGACCAAAAUGUGGCACCCCAACAUUUAUGAGAAUGGAGAUGUAUGUAUUUCAAUUCUUCAUCCACCUGUAGAUGAUCCACAAAGUGGAGAGCUACCAUCUGAGAGGUGGAACCCUACCCAAAAUGUCAGGACUAUCUUGCUGAGUGUAAUCUCUUUGCUUAAUGAGCCCAACACAUUCUCUCCUGCCAAUGUGGAUGCAUCUGUCAUGUUCAGGAAAUGGAGGGACAGUAAAGGAAAAGACAAGGAGUAUGCUGAAAUCAUAAGGAAGCAGGUUUUGGCCACCAAAGCUGAGGCAGAGAAGGAUGGCGUGAAGGUCCCCACUACGCUGGCAGAGUACUGCAUCAAAACUAAAGUGCCUUCCAAUGACAACAGUUCGGAUUUGCUUUACGACGACUUGUACGAUGAUGACAUCGAUGAUGAAGAUGAGGAGGAGGAGGAUGCCGACUGUUACGACGAUGAUGAUUCUGGCAACGAGGAGUCGUGACCUGCUCCCUCCACGCCCCUGUACUGCCCUGCCAUCUCAGGCCAGAAGGGAGCAGCGAUAACCUAGCAGCAGUCCAGCAAAAAAAGUGUGUGGGGGGGGAUUAAAAAAAACUUUUGUCUCCUGCUGUCUCCUGUUGUAUGGAUCUGUUUGCUCCUUUUUUAUGGACCUCUUAGAGACCCUCCACAGAAUGUCUGAAUUCUUGCAUUCUUAACCCUUUCAUCACUGUAUUAUGAUUUCUUUUUAAAAAAGAAACUUCCCUUUUCACUUCUCUACAAAAAAACGCUCACAGCAAAGCCAGGUUUGCUUGCGUUUAGAUUCUUGAAUUAAGUACAGUCUUGCAUUGAGUUGUUUUCGUGUAUUUAAAGCUGGAACAAAACCCAUUGGAAGUUGGAUUUUUUUUUUUUUUUUUUUUUUCAGGAGCUCACGUGCUGCAUUUACUGGGAAGGAAAAAAAAAAAAAAAAAAACAAAACCAACACCCAACACACAAAAAACCCCACACAAAAAUAUCUACAGAAAGCAAAUUGCCAAGGUGUAGCUGCUCCAUUUACAAUAAUAGCGUGUGUACAUUCGUUUAGCCUUGUGGUGGUGGCUUUUCCUUUAUGAGCUGUGGGGCGGAGGGUGUAAAGCUACUGUGUGUUGAGCUUGGUGGGAUGUCACUGAAAGGUACAGUAUUCCUUUUCAGCCUGCUCAAGUUAAGAAAUAGCUGGCCCCUGGCGUGCCAGAGGGCACAAUCAGCUUUGUCUCUGAAAAAGGCUUGUGAUAUGAACCCUAAAAUAAACACUUAACACUUAGUGUCUGUACAACUGAGCCCUGGGUUGCCUUUUUUUUUUUUUCCCACCCAUCCCCCCCAGCCUUUUUUUUUUUUUUUUUUUUUUUUUUUUUUGGUGUGUUGUUGAUCAGUUUUGGUUUUGUUUGGUUUUGUUUUGUUUUGUUUUGUUUUCCUGGACUAUAUUGGGGAUUAAAAAGUUCAGUUUAGCUGUGCUGCUGCAAUCUUGCAAUCUGCUGCUAGCUGCCCCUCUCCUGGGGAAGGAGAAGAGGUGUGCAUCCUGUUUCCCAGUGGACCAGUAUUCAUUUCAGCAGUGGGAGAGAGUGAUAGAUAGCCUCCUUCUGCCCCAGUACUUGCUAGCAGCCUUUGCUUCUUGCAGCCUAAAUCCACUGCUGGCCUGAGCCUUAUGUCUGUUGCUUAUAUAGGUCACAUCUUAGUAAAUGCAGCCCUGUGGGGUCAGCAGGUGUUAGAACACCCUUUGCUGUCCGCCUGGAGCAGCCAGGCUGUCCCUUUGCCUGUAGUGGCUUGCUGAGGCAUAGAGGAUGGAUUCUGGGCUUUCCCCUGCCUGGCUGGCUGAGGCAGAGGUGAGCAGAUGCAGUGUCCCAGGAGAUGAGUACACAGGGCUUUCUGGCUGGAAGAGAAGGAUGAUGCCUAGGUUUGAUAAGCUCUUUCACAGCAUGCUUCAGCUGGUGCACUGCGCUCACCUUCCUGCAUGUUUUUGGGAGCUCUCGGCAGAGCUUAGGGCACUCCCUCAUGGGCAGGGGGGCAACCCUGCAUGCUUGUGUCUGCAGAACACUCUUCCUCAGUAACCUUGCCGUGUUGCAGUGUGCUGCUCUUGUUUGGCUGUGGUGCAGUGAUCUGAAAUCACCUUUUACAUGGCCCCUUUUUCAGCAACCAGCCCUGCUCUCCUGCGCUCAGUCUUGGCAUCACCAGGAGCAGAUCUGAGAUGCUGGCCUUGCUUGGUUGAGACCCUCUAAUCCCACAGGUACAGAAAUAGUUACCCUGAUAAGACUCCAGAAUUUGUGUGUCUUGGGUUUUUUAGUGGGCCAUCACCAGCUACAGUCCCUCAAGGAGUGCCUUGUUGGGAGUUAACUUCAUUCUGGAUGUGCUACAGUGGUGGUGUCUCAGGGCAAGGAAUGGAAUGAGAGUGAGCAAGCUCAGUGUGCUGCUUGGAGGGAAGGGACAGUAAGGCAGCUGUGGGGAAGGGGAGCAAGGUAGAGGAGGUUUCAGAAUGUUGCAUAGCUCAGAUUUGCUGCAGUUGGGACAGUCUCUGCUCUGUGAUGCAUCCCUUUGUCCCCUGCAGGUUACAGGUGAUAAUGCCUUGAUCCCCAUUGCUCCCUGUGAUGAUCUGCUCUUCCACUUGCAUGUUACCUGGGGAGACGUCUGGCUCCCUCCUAAAGUGUCCCCACAUGGGCUCCACUGCUUGUCCUUCCAUCAAGGACCAACCAAGCCCCUGGUGCUUUUUUUGGAGGUUGUAGUGGGACUCCCCUGCAACUAGUGAUGGUUUGGGGUACCCCUAAGCUUCACUCCAUUUCUGCAAGUCCAGUGGCAACAAGCAGGCCCACAGCAUUUCUGGGGACAGGACUGGUCUAGGGACUGCACUGGACAGAGACAGCAAACUCCAGCAGCUUUCAGGGGGCUGUUGAGGACUACAGGCGCAGAGUAUGGGCAAUUUUGGCUGUGCUGAGGACUGGGCUUGAAACAAGGAUGCUGCACCUUUCAGGAUUUCCCUUGUACUUUUGACCGUCUUCACUGUAUGCUCUCCAGUGACCUGUGUUUUCAAGUUCAGUGUUGUAAGAUGCAUUGUCAUCACUUCUGGUACCCUUUUUUAAAGAGAAAAAGCAAGUUAGCAACUUAUUUUGAGAGCUCCUACAUUGACCAGGCUAAUUUCUCUUCCCCAUUGUCCUGCGCAGCGUCACUGCUUGUUGACUUGCUGGUUUCCUUUCUUGAGAUUGAAAACUGAAAUAUGAGGAUCGGGGGUUUUUUUGUUUGUUUUGGAAGCUAUUUAAGAGGUUGCAGAAAUAUGUUUACCUGCUCUGUGUAUUCUGGUUUUGGUGGUUUCUCUUUAUUCUUAACUCAGCCAAUAUUAGAGUUUACAUUUGCAACUACGAGGCCCUUCAGAUACAGUUUCCAACCAUUCUGAAACCAGCAGGGUAUAUGAUAUUUCUUAGUAGUUUUCUUAGCUAAAAUCCCAAAAGUUUUUCCCUUUUUUUUUUUUUCUCUCUUCCUCUCUUCAAUAUAAUUUACCAUAAAGAAUUAACUGAUGCAUUUUUUGUGUUGUCUUCCCCUUCAAUAGUUAUAUUUUGUCUUUUCUGCACAUCUGUCUACUAAUAAAAAUGUGAAAUGAAAA